CAAACCGUUCCAGAACAAACAUGUAUUUUGUUAAAUUAGUUUACUUAAUCACUCUUAUCUGUGGAUUGUUUGCGAAAAAAUUACCAGCUGGAUCCUGCGUUUCCACGAUUAAAAAUGGGAAACUCGUUCAAGUUGGAAAUUGUCAGAAAAACGAUGGAUCCGAAAUUGCCAGAUUGAUCAAAAAGAGUCUUGAUGAGAAGAAACAAAUUCAAACUGAAUGUGGCGUCGUAUACAAUUCGAAGUGCUACCGAGCAAUUGCGUACAAAAUUGAUAACGUCACCUUGAAAGAUGCUAAAUUAAUUUGCAAAUCAUUGAACUACGGAAAACCGGCGAAUAUUUACGACUUGACGCAUUACAAUCUACUUCACACUUAUCUACUUUCAGUGGUUCCUGCUGGUUUAUUGGGAACUGACGUGUUCACAGGCAUGCAGUAUAAGAACAAUCAGCUCUUGCUGACAAAUGGCGAGGCUGUCACUCUGCCACCAGAAGUGUGGUAUCCUGAUAAUCCAAAAUCCCAUGUAACGCACACAAGUGUUGGUAUUGUGGUCAAUAAAGAUCCAGAUAAUAAACUUCAGGGAGUGUUCACUGGGACACCAUCCUGGCCAGAGUUUGGCGUUGUCUGUGAAAUAUAAAACCAGCAUAAAAUAUUUACAGCUGUGGACUGAUUGAUACAGAUAAAAGUAUAUGUAGAUGAAACAUGCUCUCAUUUGAUAAAUAUUUUUAUGCUUUCCUAUGGACGCUAAUUUUAUAAUAUUCAUUUUUUGAAUAAUUAGGUUAUUGUUGGAUCGUGUGUGAAAGAGUAUAGAAUAUGAACGGCCCAUAGAUUAUGUAAAACUACAUUUUGCAACGGCUGUCU